CUUCAUCUUAAACAAACAAUUAGAUGAACAACAAUUAGUUGAACUAAUCUAUCGAUUUGUAAUCAAUAUUAUCAUCACUUACAUCGUCAUUGUCAACGCUAAAAGAGUUAAUCAUUUUUCUCGUGAAUUUUAUGACGAUUUGUACCAAUUAACAUUGAGAGAAAGUAACGAUUCAACUCGAUUAGAGGCUUUACUUUUCCUCGAUAGGGUUGAUCAUGGUAACAUUGGAUUCACAUUGGGAGAUUCAUUCUUGAUCACAUCUAAUUUGAUGGCGACUCUAUUUGCAUCGUUGAUUGUUAUGGUUUUUAUUUUACCUUCAAUUCAAUAAUUAGACGACAACAAUGUAAUUGCUCAAAAUUGGACCUAAACAAUUAAAUCGUAACCAAAUUGCUAACAAUCUUAUAAUAAGAAUACUGAUAUUUGCAGAUUAUUUAAAUGAAUAUCAUGAAGUACAACAAUUAACACUCGUUAUUAGUAAUGAUUUGAAUAAAUUUUCAUUCUCUUAAAAAUUGAAUAGAAGAUUGUGAUUAAUUAAUAUCAAUUUUUCAUCAUGAGUUUGCCGAUUCCUCCAAAAAGAUGUCACUACCGUACAGAAAAUAUCCAAAGCAACAUUUUCCUUAGCCAAAGAACCGGAACUUUAUCAUAUUACUUUUAGAUUCUUAUACUUAGAAAGUGUUACCGAGACAAAUUGUUACGUUGAGUUUAUUAUUUUCAAAUUGUUCUGUGGCUAAUUAAUAUUCUGUCGAGUUCAAUGGCUUCGAUAGCAGCUUUAAGUCGAGCUAAAUUUUCAAUCAAAAGUUACAGUGUAGAGCAUGGUUAUCCAUCUCGACGGAGGUCAUUAGUUGAUGAUGCAAAAUUUGAGACUAAAAAAAAUUCCGAGGCUCGAUUAUCGUGGCUACAAGAGCAACGGCAAAACUCCCAGGAUACUGAUUUAUCCGAGGAAGAGGUUCUUGUGGUUACUGAAAAUAAAGAUGAUCAGGAUUCACCUCGAAUUCACAAUCUACUUCUUUGUCCAAAUGAUGGCUCAUUUUCUGGUCUUGCAAGAAUCUUGAAGUUCAUUGAGGCUUGUAAGGGAAGGAUUGAACAUAUUGAAAGUCGCUGUAGUCGAGAUGAUCCUAAGCGAAUGGAAAUAUUUCUCCGACUUGAGAUUUCUUCAUCAGGAUUGUUACAUCUCAUGAAAUCACUAAGACAUGGUAAUUUAGCUCAAGCUGAAGUGUUGAAAGAACAAUUAAUCAGCAUCAAAGAUCCAUGGUUCCCCCGACACAUAAGUGAUCUUGACUUUUGUACUCAUAUUAUGACUAAAUAUGAGCCUGAUUUAGAUGUAGAUCAUCCUGGAUUCACUGAUAAGGUGUACAGAGCACGACGAAAGGAGAUUGCUCAAAUUGCUUUUGAUUAUCGAUGGGGACAAACAAUACCUGAUGUUGUUUACACUCCGGACGAAAUUGUCACUUGGGGUGAAGUUUACCGGAAAUUAGUUGACUUAUAUCCUAAAUAUGCUUGUCGACAGCACGUUGAGGUGUUUCGAGUGCUCGAACGUGAGUGUGGUUAUGGUCCUGAUUCAAUUCCUCAACUUGAAGAUGUUUCCAAUUUCUUGAAACGUCGAACUGGAUUUACCAUGAGACCUGCUGCUGGUUUGUUAACUGCGAGGGAUUUUCUGGCCAGUCUUGCGUUUCGAGUUUUCCAAUCGACACAAUAUAUUCGACAUGGUUCUAAUCCUCAUCACUCUCCUGAACCUGAUUGUAUCCACGAGUUGUUAGGCCAUGCACCGAUUUUGGCCGAUCCAAUGUUCGCUGAGUUUUCCCAAGAAAUUGGAUUAGCUUCACUUGGUGCUGAUGAUCAGGAGAUUGAACGAUUUGCAACGCUUUAUUGGUUUACUGUUGAGUUUGGCCUGUGUAUGGAAGAUGGUCAAGUAAAGGCUUAUGGUGCUGGACUUUUAUCGUCUUAUGGUGAAUUACAACAUUCGCUGUCGGAUAAACCAGAACGAAGGCCAUUCGAACCAGAAAAGGCUGCGAUUCAACCUUAUCAGGAUGUCGAUUAUCAGGAUCUUUACUUUGUGGCUCAAAGCUUUGAGAAGGCCAAAGAACAGCUCAAGAAUUAUGUUUAUACCAAAUUGAAGAGACGAUUUGAUGUUACUUAUGAUCCAUUCACUCAGUCAAUUGAAGUCAUCGAUAACAUGGAUAAACUGAAAUCUAUCUCGAAAUCUUUAGAGUCACAAUUAUCCCGAUUCAAUGGAGCUCUUAAUCGUUUGAGUUUGGCUAGAAAUAACUCUAAUUGUUGGAGAAAAUAUUAAAUCAAAUAAUCAAAAUUUAACUGUUAAAUUAGAAAAAUCCUUAGCUUAUAAUCAAAAGUAUUCAAUAUUCUGUUGCUGAUUGUUAUCUGUUGUUCGUUGUGUCCAAAUAAAUGCUUAACUAAUUGAUGUUAUAUCUGGUUGAAAGAUAAAACAAAUUAAAUCAUGCAAUCAAAAACAAUCAACUCUUUAAAUCAAUUGAAACGCAAUGAAAACUAUCAACUGAUUAACCAAAAAUCAACAACAAUUGAAUCAUCAUUGGUUAAUAGGCUUAAACUAUUAAUAAAAUCUAAACACAGAUGAGAUUAAUUCAGUUGCAUCAAACUAUAAAACACUAAAUCCAGAUCAUGAUUAAUUUAGCACCAAGCGAAAGUCAAUCAAAGAGAUUCAUUUAAUUAAUUAAAAUCCAUAAAUGAUUAAUCAAUUACAAGAGAUGAAAACAUUUCAAUCAACAGUAAUGAUGUCGGUGUAAUGAUGGAAAACGAAAGCAAUUAACUCGAAAUAAACACUGAACAAUCAUAAAAACAUAAAC